AUGCCUCCUUGGCUCUCAGGUCUGCCAUUUCGUUACCGAGGAUGCCUCUAUGCGCAGGGACCGGCAAAGGAGAGCCUCGAAAUGACGAUCUCGGGAAAGAAGUACGUGGAGUGCACAGUCCUGGGAAACGGCGGCGGAGCCGAGGCUGAGGAUUCGUCCUACGACAGUGACUUCGAGCCCGAGGCCGAUCACCCGUGCCCGUCGUCGCACCGGGUCGCCGAGCAUCCACCGAGCACCAACGACAAACCGCACCCGGACGUGUCGCGCGCCAACUCCGACACCUUGGCCGCGGAGUUCGCCGAGUACGUGACGGUCCACGGAAGCCUCACCAACGGCAUCGCCGUCGACCCGGCUCUGGUCACCAGGUACGCAGCUCGGGUCGAGUUUGGCCUGAAGUUGGGCUACACGGAGCGACUGGUGCAGACGGCCCUGCAGAAGCUGGGGCCCGAGCCGGGCCAGAACGAGCUCCUCGCCGAGCUGAUAAAGCUGGGGGCAAACACGGCGCCGAGACUGGUGGACGCGCCCGACGAGAGCGAACCGUCCCUGGAGCACGUCGGUGGUGAGGAUGGGCCUUGCGGGUCGGACGAGUCCUCGGAGAUGGUCGGCAGCAGCCACCGUUUGCGGCCCGUUGUCAUUGACGGUAGCAACGUCGCAAUGAGCCACGGGAACAAGGAGGUCUUCUCGUGUCGGGGCAUCAAGGUGUGCGUCGAGUGGUUCCGAGCCCGGGGACACCGGCAGAUCACCGUCUUCGUGCCAAAGUGGCGCAAGGAGGCCUCCCGGCCCGACAACCCCGUCGCCGAUCAAGAGAUACUCGGCGAGCUCGAGCGCGACCGGCUGCUCGUGUUCACGCCUUCGAGACUGGUGGGUGGCAAGCGGCUGGUGUGCUACGACGAUAGAUACAUCCUCAGGCUCGCCUCGGAGCUCGACGGCAUCGUGGUCAGCAACGACAACUACCGGGACCUGGCCCAGGAGAGUCCCGAGUUCCGGAGGGUGGUCGAGGAGCGGAUCCUCAUGUACAGUUUCGUCGACGACCGGUUCAUGCCGCCGGACGACCCACUGGGCAGGACCGGGCCCACCCUCGACAACUUCCUCAGGAUGGCUCCACGGCGAAGCGAGCCCGCACCACCUUGUCCCUACGCAAAGAAAUGCACGUACGGCAACAAGUGCAAGUUCCGGCACCCGGAGCGCGGUCCCCAUCCGCACAAGUCCGUGACCGAGCGACUGGUGGAGCACGCGCGACUCCUGGGAGCUCGCUCGGCCAGCCUGAGUCUACCGCUCGCCGCUCCGGGCCAACACUCGUCCCUGACCAAGACCAGGUCCUGGACUCCGGGCGCCUGCGACUCCUCGACGAGCGCACCGAGUAUUGCCGCCAACCAAACAAAGAGCUGCAGAGCCGACGUCCCAACCAUGAACGUCUACCCUCAGAAUUCCCCACAAGGGGCUUCGCUGGGCUGGGUAGCCCCGAGAAUGUCGAACCCCGAACCAGAGCCCGCCAACAUGCACAGGAAACUGCAGCGCCAGCUGACGCUCAAUCCGAGCUGCGAUCCCCGUAUCGGUCAGCUUCGCAGGUAUCACCACAAUCAACAGAUGCACCACCAGCUGCAGCCACAACAGCUGCUCGUCGGUCCGUCGCGCUCCGCGGCUUUGCAGAGCCGGCAGUUGACGAGGCACGCGAGCCACGAGGCACACCCUGUGUCAUUCAGCUGGGAGCAGCGGCAAUUCCAGCGAGUCCACGUGACGCGCAUGGCUUCGGCUCCGGAUACCGCAAGAGCGGCUUGGUUGGACAUUGGCGCUGCUACUGUCCCAACUGGUCGGCGGCUUGGCGCCUCGGAGCCCCACCUGAACUUGCUCGGUCCAUCACCGAUGCAUCAUCAUCCGUGUCAUCCGGAUGGCGAUCCUCAGCGUAUGUGCGCCGCUGUAUUUGCGAUAUUUCCGAAAUACCGGGACUUUAGCGGUUAAACUUUCAAUCUCACUAUAAUGUCAGAGAGACGCAGUUGCUGCGUGCGUGCGUGAGCAGGAACGUUGACAAGCAAUUGUAAAACCUUUUCCCAAGUUCUUGCGUAAAAUCCUUUACAGCGGAUGUUCUUUUUUUUCCAUUCAUCAUCGUUAAAAAUUAACUGGUAAUAUCAUACUAUAUAAUAUAUGCUCUCUAUGAGAGACAUGCUCUAGACUUUUACAUACCACACACACACGUACAUUAUACAAGAGGACCUGCAUCGUUCUUGUUGUUAAAAAGAAAAGAAAAAAACGUACCGUCAUUGCAGGUACGCGAAGUUUGUUGUCAUUUGUUUUAUAUUUAAUUGUUAUGAAUUUUCAACGAUGGCUUUUUGUAUCGAGAAAUCAAAAAACAAUCGAUGGAGACAAACAAUGGCGACAACUCGUCGAUGGAGAGUCAUUUUUGUAUUACUGCUUACAAGUAAACAAGCUCACUGUGAGAUUAAUUAUCGUGGAACAAAUAACUGAGCUCUCAAUCGAACUGUACUUUGUUUAUUAUAUUUUUAAAUGGUGAGAGUUUGUUGUUUUAGUUAUUUUCAUUUUUUGAUGUGUUUCAAUAUUAUUUUACAAUAGCACGAAAUAUACAAAUGCAGUUACUUAGCACCGAUUUUAAACAUGACCAACAUCGUAUAAAAUAUGUUAAUUUAUUGUAUGCAAGUAAAACAACAAAUGUACUUUCACAUAUUCUUACAAUUUUUUUAAGUUUCGAUGUAUUUCUUGCUAUUUUUUUUUUUUUUACUU